GCGCAAAAUAAUCGCAUUUUUACAGUUCGAAAUAAAGAAAAAAGUAAAGACAAAACCAUGCCAAAAAUGCCUUUAAAGAAUUUAUUUACAUUUUUCAUAAUUACAAAUACAUAUUUUGAUGAAAUGUGUAUAAUAAAAUGUUUAAACAAGAGAGACAAAAACUAUUUUUACACUGAAGCGUAAUCUCGACGCGCUCGCGCUAAAUUUACCCACAAUUCCGUACAGUCAACGUCAACAUGGCGGACGAACUUGAAAAUGAAUCAGCUGCUGCUCUUUUGGAGUUCAAGAACGGUAAAAAGAUGCAAAAUAAUGAUAUGAACAUAAAACAGGAAAUUAUGGACGAGGACGAGGAUAGUAACAUGGAAAUCGACGAAGAUAUUCCUAGGUUAGGUCCAGCAGCUCUUGGAUUACAACGAGUAGGGACACCAGCAACCCCCAAGCCAGUCAAUGUUACUCCUCCCCAAGUACUAAACGCCAGAGGGAUGCCAGCACGAAUUCGUAAAAAAAACAGACUCUAUUAUGAUGAUGACAUUAUCAAUACACCACAUCAUAGGGUGCCAUCAGCAAAAAAACAAAUGCAGUCUCCAAAUAAAAAAACAAAAUUGUCGACGCCUUCUCGUGGUGUCAAAGACUCUCCAAAGGUGUCGCCUAGAAAAUCAGCUCAAAAGGAUCAAAAACCACCUAAAAGUGUAUCACCUAGGCCUCAGUCUCCUGACAGAAAAAUUGGUCAGAAGAUUGGGUUACGGUUAAGAAACCUUCUUAAACUCCCCAAAGCACAUAAAUGGGUUUGUUUUGAGUGGUUUUACAGUAACAUUGACAGAUGUUUAUUUGCUGGAGAGAACGAUUUUAGUAUCUGCUUGAAAGAAUCGUUUCCUUACUUAAAAACUCGUAUGCUUACAAGAUGUGAAUGGACAAAGAUUCGUAGGAUGAUGGGAAAGCCACGUAGGUGUUCUCAAGCCUUUUUUAACGAAGAAAGACUUGAAUUGGAGAAAAAAAGAAAUAAAAUACGUGCCCUUCAACAACGCAAAGCCACAGAUCCUUCCAAUUUUAAGGAUUUACCUCCUGAGAUACCCAUGCAGCUUGUAAUAGGUACCAAAGUUACAGCAAGGCUGAGAAAACCUCAAGAUGGUCUCUUCACUGGCAGUAUAGAUGCAGUGGAUACUUCAAACAAUACGUAUCGCAUUACAUUUGAAAGACAAGGUUUGGGAACCCAUUCUGUACCUGAUUAUGAAGUUUUAUCGAACGAGCCACCUGAAACCAUGACAAUUUCCAUUUUUAACAACAAUAAAUACCGCCAAAGAAACGGCAUUUCGACACAUUCACCCCUUCCGUACUCAAUAGCAGGCGAUUUCUCACCGUACUUGCCCUCAUCUCUUAAACAUAAACGCGAUCCUCUUUUGUCAGGUUCUAACAUCAAUAAACCACAAAUUACUGCAAUAACAGGGCAGAUCGGGGGUUUCCCCGUUAAAUUAUUGGAGAAAAUGGUUCUCGUAACUAAAAUACUGAACGUUAAAAAGUCCAAGAUUGGUACUUUGAAAAACAUGAAUAAAGAAGCGGAGAAAUUCAGUCCAUACGAAAAGGAAAUCCCCGAAGACUUCGAAAAAAGGUACGCAGGGAUUCUAAUCGAUCUGGAAAAGUUAAACAACGACCUGGAAACCUAUCUGAACGAGAUCCAGGAGCAUUGUCAAGAAAUUGCUCCUGAACCAAGUGUGGCUGCCAUGUUAGCACCCAGUCAUCUUAGAGAAAAAUGUAAAGAGGAAGCCAACGAUAUCGUACAAAGGAACAACAGUGCAAUGGCCGCUGAAAAAAGUCCUGUAACGAACGAAUCAAUUCUUGAACUUAUUCGAGACCUAACGGCGCUUAUGUUGCAAGUUAAAAGUUUGGCGGAUUCUGACCAAAAUGCUUACGAAUUACAAGUUCUCCAAGGAACCAUGGAAAUAAUCAAAAGAAAAUUGAGUCCAUCGAACCAAAUGGCUUUCCAGAAUCAUGUGGAAGUCCAUAUGAAACACAUUCAGUUGGGUUUGGGACAGGCAUCGAAUAAAUCGUUGACGCCCACCCUUACUAAAUAGUAUUUAAAUAUUAUAUUAUUAUAUCGCCUUUUGUUGUACAUACCGUUGUAAUUAUGUAUAUGUUUUAGCAUAAAGGAUAGAUGUUACGAUACUUUAGGUAGUGCAAUACUUUUUAGCAAACUAUUUUAACAAUCUUAUGUAAAUGUUUGAUAAUUUUAUUUUUUUUUUCUUUUUGUCACAUAAUUACACAAAAUGAAUAAUGGACUUUUACAGUGCGAACAAAACAAUUUAUUACCAUUAUCAUGUAUUAUCAAUGUGUGUAAAUAAUGUUUUUAUCAAUUAUAAAAAAGGGUUCAUAUUUUCUAUAGACGAUUUUGCGAGUUUAAAAUGAAUCAUUUCCUCCAAUCAUUCGAUUGAUUCACUUUCAACAGCAGCUGUUUUUAUUUUUCAUAAUUAAAUAAAA